AUGGACCAGCAGCGAGACAAAUACGGCGAGCGGCCGGCCAGGAGCACCAAGGUGUCCCAGGGCGGCCGCAGCGGGCACUCCUCCAGACCCUCCGGGUCCUCGGGGUCCUCCGGGGUCCUCAUGGUGGGGCCCAACUUCCGCGUGGGGAAGAAGAUCGGCUGCGGGAAUUUUGGCGAACUGAAACUGGGUAAAAACCUCUACACCAAUGAGUAUGUAGCUAUCAAAUUGGAACCGGUGAAGUCGAGGGCACCACAGCUGCAUUUAGAGUACCGGUUCUACAAAACUCUGGGAACAACAGCAGAGGGCGUGCCCCAGGUGUUUUACUUCGGGCCCUGUGGGAAAUACAACGCCAUGGUUCUGGAGCUGCUGGGCCCCAGUCUAGAGGACCUGUUUGACCUUUGUGACAGGACCUUUUCACUGAAGACUGUCCUAAUGAUAGCCAUUCAGCUGAUUUCUCGGAUGGAGUACGUGCACUCUAAAAAUCUCAUCUACAGAGAUGUCAAACCUGAAAACUUUCUGAUUGGGCGGCAAGGCAAUAAAAAGGAACACAUCAUCCACAUCAUCGACUUCGGCCUGGCCAAAGAGUACAUCGACCCCGAGACCAAAAAACACAUUCCGUACCGGGAGCACAAGAGCCUGACCGGUACCGCCAGAUACAUGUCCAUCAACACGCACUUAGGAAAAGACUUCUGGGCUCAUACUGUUGAAGUUUUUCAGUGCAAUGUGAUCAAAUCUGUUGAUAUAGAGCAAAGCCGGCGAGAUGACCUGGAGGCUUUAGGCCAUAUGUUUAUGUAUUUCCUCCGUGGGAGUCUGCCUUGGCAAGGACUAAAGGCUGACACACUGAAGGAAAGAUACCAGAAGAUCGGAGACACAAAACGAAACACUCCCAUCGAGGUUCUUUGUGAGAACUUCCCAGAGGAAAUGGCCACAUACUUGCGGUAUGUGAGACGGUUGGACUUCUUUGAGAAGCCCGACUAUGAGUACCUGAGGACGCUGUUCACAGAACUGUUUGAGAGAAAAGGGUACACCUUCGACUACACCUACGACUGGGUUGGGAGGCAGAUAAGCCACGCCCACAGGGACCGGCCCUCCCAGCACCCGCCCGUCAGGAACCAGACAGCGGUCUCAGAUCGACGAGGAGCAUGGGAGGUGCAGCCCACACGACAAGCAAACUCCUCCUAUCUGACCUCCCACCUGGCAGCGGACAGGCACGGGGGCUCAGUGCAGGUGGUCAGCUCGACCAAUGGGGAGCUGAACGCCGACGACCCUCUGGCCCACUCCAACGCGCCCAUCACGGCUCAGGCCGAGGUGGAGGUGGUCGACGAGGCAAAAGGUCAGAGGACAGAGGGCCAGGCCCCUCCUGCACCGGUGCUCUCCGGGGAGGAUUUCGCUCCACUCAAAACCACAACGCGGCCCAGAACACACUACAGUCCGGCGCCGUUCUGCCGCCGUCGCCGUGACGACGGGCGGAAACCUGCCGUU